AUGGCUUCAUUUCGCCUCGAAAACAAUCGCAAGGAGAUCGAAGCUAUAGAGAGAGAAACGUUUAGCUAUGGACCACUCGAAGUGCACAAGCUUGACGUAUAUUACCCUCCAGUAGAACCAGACUCAGUGACCCCUGUGUUGAUAUUUUUCUAUGGAGGCGGGUUCACCAGUGGCUCGCGUUCGUCGCCGCCUUCGAAUCUAGUCUACAACAACCUUGGCGCGUUCUUCGCCUCGCGCGGUGUGCUCACUGUCAUACCGGAAUACCGCCUCGUUCCGUUAAUUACAUAUCCGCAGGGUGCAGAAGACGUGCAAGAAGCUAUUAAAUGGGUAGCUGAGAGGUUCAACCGUUCGGUGGACAGUAACGGCGUAGAUUUGCCGAGGCGGCGGCGACUAUUCGUCAUGGGCCACUCAGCAGGAGGUGUGCACCUUGCAAGUGUCAUGCUCAACGCAACUCUCUUCGCGCCCAUCGCGCCCGUGAUUCGGGGAUGGGUGCUUGUGGGUGUGCCGGUUCUCAUUCCCCCACAGGGACGGCCGGGCUUUUCGGCUGCUGCGAUUCAGUAUUAUGGCAGUGUGCAAGCGAUCAAAAGAUAUCAGCCGUUGGGGCUGUUGAAAAGCUGCACCGUUCAGGAUCCUGACUACGUUGGGAGGUUGCCGCCGCUGCGCUCGCUGACAGCCGCUAGUGAGUCGAGAUACAUUAGGAAGGGUAUGCAGGCGUUUGCGGAGGAGUACAAAGGGAAGGGAGGAAUGACAGAGCAGAUUAUGCUUGAGGGGCAUGAUCAUCUCAGUACUGUGCUCGCACUUUCAACAGGAAGUGGUGAGGAAUGGGGUGUUCAGUUGGUUCAAUGGAUGAUGAGUCCAUUAGAUGAACCUCCUCCUGUCGACAAAUAA